UCUUCUGAAUAAUCUCAUGUACACCCAUUUCUAUGACCCACCAACCAUUCAAUUAAUUGCCUAGCAGAACAACAAACAAGAAAGGAGGUCACCAGAAAACCAUGGCGAUAUCUGCAUGAAAUAUGGAUCCAAUUUAUGAGCCAUUUAUGGUAACAUAGCAAUCAACUUUCGUUCAUCAAGCUCUUUCUCUACUCAAUCUCAAAAUUUAAUCUCCUCUCCCUCUCUAUGUGAGUCCUCUCAGCCUUUAUGUACCAAAUUGAAACUGGUUUGCUGAAAUCUGUCAACAAGUUGUGAUCAAGCUGAACUUCAGCAUCCUUUUUGAUGCUAUUUCUGCAAGUUGAGUAGACUAAGUUGUGAUCCGUUGCUGCUUCUGAUUUGUUAUGGUUGAAAUUCUAAAGGGUGAUGAUAAAAAAGUUAGCAUGCUUCAAACUAGAAUCAAAAUUGGUCAUGUCACAGGUUUGGUUCUGUUGUUGUUAUCACUGUUACUGUACUACUGGUAAGUGAAGUAACUAGAGCUUGAGAUUUCAAACUCCCUUUACUGUGGAAGAAGCUGAGUUGAGUGUGAAAAAAGUAAGGUUUUUUGGAAUUUGGAGCAAUGGGUUCUUCUUGCUUUUUCCUAAUAUGUGUUCUGCAUUCUGCAAUAGCUUUGACCUGUGGAGUCCUUAUGGUGUUUUAUUCCAAAGAGAUUUGUGUGCUGGGGCAUGGACCAAAGACAGCAAGCAAGCUUCAAGGGUCAACACCCCAUGAUCAGUUACUGAUUCAGACCUCAGAUUCCUUCUCUGGCUUGUUGCUGUUCACAAUUGGGUUUCUUGUGUUCAUGGUUGCUUGUGUUAAGGACUGGGAGUUCCAGAGUUUUUUUGCCAAAGGGUGUGUGUUUCUUCACAUAUCUAUGGCAGUUUGGAGAUUCUACUUUGGGAGAAAGCUUGAAGAUCUUGCCCAUGACUGGCCUAGACAUGCUGUUGGGGACAUUGCGUUGGCCACUUCCUGGCUCUUCUUUCUUGUGUACUUGUGGAGGGAGAAGUAUGAUUAGUUGUUUGCUAUAUUGUAUAGUGUAGGGUUUUUGUGUUGUAAUUGUUGGUUAGAUUCAUCUGUGUGCAAGUGUGUGUUUUUGAUGUAAAUUUAUCCAUAUUUCACUGUAUCUUAAUAAGUGGAUUUUAAACCUAUAAAAUCGGAUUACAAAAUGAGGUUUGCGUCCAUUUAUAUAGUAUAAAUCUGUCUUAUUUCUAAUAAAUCCAGAAACUCCAACAUA